UGCUUCCGUACCUACACAGACAAGCAGAGUUUCAGUACCGACGAGCUGGGCACGUUUGGAGCUCAACAUGGCGCCGGUCGCUCUGUAGCUUUUACGUCAAUAUCGCGGUUUAGCUGUAGCAACGCAAUUCGAACAAGCAUUGGAUUUGGAAGGCACGAUGCUUGACCAAGUGAGUGCGGAUAUUCGGUCUGGGGAGAUCGCUGCUUCUUUUCUCUUCAGUGUACUCGACUCGGAUAUGUUUGGAUUGCGUAUCACUCAAGAAUCCACUUGCAGUCCAUCUCGGUAAUGGUUUGGAGGGAAUUUGAAAGACCUCAUCGUCGAUACUCAACACCGCGGGAAAAACAACUAAAGCAUAUUUCUCUCAACAGCGAUUCGCAUUCCAUUUCAGUGGCGGGAUAUUUUGAUUCUCGCGUAUAUAUACGCUAUAGUGACUGCAAGGCAAAGUACCGGAAAACCUCGUAGAUCCUUCGCUCCGAUAAUAACGUAAAAUUCGUUUACAAAAGAGUAUAAAUUGCGACUGACCUAAGUUUUACCGUCAAACCCACAACCGCAUAGUCCGAAACCUAUUUCAGGUCGAAAUCCAUUACUAGCUACUUGGUCAUAAAUCACCUGUGAUGUUCGCCGGAAGUGAUAAUUUCGCAAUGUCAAGUACAUCAAGGACAUGCUUCACCUAGGUGAAGUACGAGCUUGCAGAUUACACGGUGAAUUGGGAAAGAGGGUCACGUGCAGCCCCUGAAAUAGUUACACGAAUUAAUCACUUACACAAAAUCCCGAGAUUUUGGUGUCUGAUCGCGAUUGGUGGAAAGAUAAAUUCCAAAUUCGAAUCAUGGCAGAAGAAGGUGCGGAGAUCCGCGAGUGCCUGAGCAGCUGGCUGGCCUACCUUCAGACGCUGAACGGACUCUGCACCGCCGGUACGAAGCUCGCGCAUUCCCUGCAGGACCUCCUGUCGACUCACGAAGGCCACGACGCGUUGGCAGCAAGGUGCAAAUUGACUGGACAGUGUCUCGCCGGAUGGGAAGAGCUUACUCGGGCUACCAACGUCGCCAGUAACACCGUGAAGAACCAUGUCAGCCACGUGAUGGCGGCACUUGGAGAGGCUCAAGGUGGAACGGUCGACUCCCAAGAUAUCCUCUGCGACAAUUUACUGACCUUCAUCAAUCUACAGUAUCAGUUCUGCCUCGCCUGCUGCGAGUGCCUAGGUGGAAUGGCAGAGUGUUCCUGUUCUCGAACCGGAAGGUCAGAGUGCGAGGUGGCAGCUUUGCAGCGAUGUUUCGAGAGGCUGUACAGUCCUUCGGGGGGCUCUUCGUCCGGCGGUCAGCAGCAGGGGCAGCGAUCGCGUCUGCCUUAUCCGCUCUUUCCUCUGCAGGUUCAGAGGCGAUGGUCGGAAACCGCCGCCGCCGAGAUGUCGGGAUCUACGGUCGAGAACGCAACCAGACGGUGGUCCAUGCCUUGGGACUGUCGCCACGUAUCCGACUUCCUUGAGGCGCCCACCACCCAUCAGAACAACGCCAGGACCAAGCUGAAGGUGCCUUCCAGUCAGGAACGAAGUCGAGCCGUCACCCCCGACUCGUCCUGGAAAUCAUCGACCAUGGCCAGUCAGGAUGGACUCCGGGAGGCCAUUCAGCUACUCUCGUGCAAACCGGGUAUCCGGCCAUCGGCCCAGCUGUACCAUCCGAAUCAGCAUAUUCCAGAUGUCACUCUGACAACGUGUAGCUUCGAUAGAAACAGCGACUGUUCUAGCACCGCCUGGCUCGAUAAUCGAUCGAGUUUGAGGUACUGGCCACGAGACGCUGGCGACCACUCGGACCAUUCCGUUUCAGAACAGAGUGGAACCAGCGGAAGUGGUCACAGAGAUAGCAAGGACAGCAUCCACUCGCAGAGUGAUCAGAGUGGAAUCGGCCAGAGGGAAUCAGAUGCAGGGAUGAGCGAGGUGCUGGCCUCGAGGAAAAGCAGCUCGUCGACGGACUCGUGCCGAUCUGGUUCGGAGGGUGGCGUCGUCGGAGGGGAAUCCUCACGGUCCCAGUUAUACUCAAUGUGGAGCGGAGGUGACCUGCCCUUCAUCAAGCUCCCUGAAAACAGCGAACGAACCGAUAAAGAUCCUCCGACAUGAACGAGAUAUAUUUAGAACAUAUCGUUUGAACAAUCUCUUUUUAAUUAUGACCAAGUCGUCCUUCGCCGGUUGAAGGAAUGUUGUACAAUGUACAGAUUGUAUACAUCUAUAGCCUAACGCGUUAGUUACCCGUUUUAAAAACGGGAGGAUCGAUCCCCUCGCUGUUCUUGUUUAUACAACUACGUAAGAGUUAAAAUUUUUACUACCCGUACCUAUAUUAAUCUUGCCUCCCUCGAAGUGAAAACCAUUCGCUGCAGAGCAGAAAAUGUUUGUCAGAAUAAUUAUCGCUGGUGUGAAUUACAUAGAGUUAUAGUUGUGAACUCUAGUUUCGAAAAUCCUUCCGUUUCCUAUAUUUCACUUAUGAAUCGCUAACAUUUUCGUAAUAACAAGUCGCUUCGACAUGCUAAAAUCACUAAUUAUUUCAAAUCGUGCUCUGGAACUGAUACCAGCUAUUCUGGCGACCUCUGCGUUGAUUUGAAAUCAUGAAAAUGCUCGUUUAGAUGUUUUAUAUUGUAGUCGGAAAAGUUUUAUACAUCCGUUUAAAUCCAAGAUGUCCUGCGUGUACGUUUUUUAAUAUGUUUGAUAAACGUAAUGGUAAAUUCUGAUCGAGCCUUAUCGGCACAAAAUGAUAAUAUAUAUAUAUUGGACCUUCGAAUAGGUGUAACCUAUUUCUUUUUCAUUUUUAUUUUUUGACAGGAAAAUGACUACGUGAAUCAUAUCUUGAACCAAUUUUUCACCUUGUAUCCGUGAAUCACAAACUAUUAUACAAAGUACAACACAUACCUCUACGAAAAAAAAAAUUGAAGUAUCCUUAAACGGUAAUUGUGUCGAUUGAUUAAUCCGUAUCUUUG